AUGUCGAAGAGGCAACACGCUUCAAAACGCAGUGCGUAUGAAAUUGCUAAAUCUGCUCAAAAUACGCCAACAAUAACUAAAGAAACACAACAAUUGACACCUAAAAGUAAAAACGGUUUGAAAGAAGAAGAAAUGGAUAGAAUUGACGAGCUCUGUAGUAUGAUGCAGACUGUAAUGAAGAAAUUGGAGACGCUUGACCUGAUCAAAGACGAAGAGUCGAUCAAUUUUUCUCAUGCAGACCUAGACGACCUCAAGAAAGAAAUGAAGGAAAGAAAAGAGGCUGAAGACGAAAGAGAAAUAAAGAUCAAAAUCUUAGAAGAUUCUAACCCGGCGGCUUCAAGAAAGUGUCAUCGACCUCAAAGCGCAAUCGAUGCGGGAUAA